CGCCUCUUGCCAGCGCCGUUGCUGCGGGGGAUUGUGGGAGCCUCCGCGUCCCGCUCGCAGGGAGAGAGGUACCUCUCCUUUUCCCCUCUCCCUUUCCCUCAGAGUUGUCUGCUGGUUCUCAGCUUGAAGAAGAUUCUACAGUCCUUAUUGAUCCUUUUUCUUGGCGUUACCAUUUUUGAAGCAAAGUUAACCUAGCUUUCUAGUUUGAGCUUUCUUUUUGGCCGUCUUUUAAAAAAAAUUUUUUCAAUCUAUAAAAUAGACAAGAGAUAGUUCUACAAUGUCCAAGUCAUUCCAGCAGUCAUCUCUCGGUAGGGACUCACAGGGUCAUGGGCGUGACCUGUCUGCAGCAGGAAUAGGCCUUCUUGCUGCUGCUACCCAGUCUUUAAGUAUGCCAGCAUCUCUUGGAAGGAUGAACCAGGGUACUGCACGCCUUGCUAGUUUAAUGAAUCUUGGAAUGAGUUCUUCAUUGAAUCAACAAGGAGCUCAUAGUGCACUGUCUUCUGCUAGUACUUCUUCCCAUAAUUUACAGUCUAUAUUUAACAUUGGAAGUAGAGGUCCACUCCCUUUGUCUUCUCAACACCGUGGAGAUGCAGACCAGGCCAGUAACAUUUUGGCCAGCUUUGGUCUGUCUGCUAGAGACUUAGAUGAACUGAGUCGUUAUCCAGAGGACAAGAUUACUCCUGAGAAUUUGCCCCAAAUCCUUCUACAACUUAAAAGGAGGAGAACUGAAGAAGGCCCUACCUUGAGUUAUGGUAGAGAUGGCAGAUCUGCUACACGGGAGCCACCAUACAGAGUACCUAGGGAUGAUUGGGAAGAAAAAAGGCACUUUAGAAGAGAUAGUUUUGAUGAUCGUGGUCCUAGUCUCAACCCAGUGCUUGAUUAUGACCAUGGAAGUCGUUCUCAAGAAUCUGGUUAUUAUGACAGAAUGGAUUAUGAAGAUGACAGAUUAAGAGAUGGAGAAAGGUGUAGGGAUGAUUCUUUUUUUGGUGAGACCUCGCAUAACUAUCAUAAAUUUGACAGUGAGUAUGAGAGAAUGGGACGUGGUCCUGGCCCCUUACAAGAGAGAUCUCUCUUUGAGAAAAAGAGGGGCGCUCCUCCAAGUAGCAAUAUUGAAGACUUCCAUGGACUCUUACCGAAGGGUUAUCCCCAUCUGUGCUCUAUAUGUGAUUUGCCAGUUCAUUCUAAUAAGGAGUGGAGUCAACAUAUCAAUGGAGCAAGUCACAGUCGCCGAUGCCAGCUUCUUCUUGAAAUCUACCCAGAAUGGAAUCCUGACAAUGAUACUGGACAUACAAUGGGUGAUCCAUUCAUGUUACAGCAGUCUACAAACCCAGCACCAGGAAUUCUGGGACCUCCACCUCCUUCAUUUCAUCUUGGCGGACCAGCAGUUGGACCAAGAGGAAAUUUGGGUGCUGGAAAUGGAAACCUGCAAGGACCAAGACAUAUGCAAAAAGGCAGAGUGGCGUUUAUUGAGAUGGCAACCACAGAAGAUGCUCAGGCUGCAGUGGAUUAUUACACAACCACACCAGCAUUAGUAUUUGGCAAGCCAGUGAGGGUUCAUUUAUCCCAGAAGUAUAAACGAAUAAAGAAACCUGAGGGGAAACCUGAUCAGAAAUUUGAUCAGAAGCAAGAGCUUGGACGUGUGAUACAUCUCAGCAAUUUACCCCAUUCUGGAUAUUCUGACAGUGCUGUCCUCAAGCUUGCUGAACCUUACGGGAAAAUAAAGAAUUAUAUAUUGAUGAGGAUGAAAAGUCAGGCCUUUAUUGAGAUGGAGACCAGAGAAGAUGCCAUGGCAAUGGUUGACCAUUGUCUAAAGAAAGCACUUUGGUUUCAGGGGAGAUGUGUUAAGGUUGACCUUUCUGAGAAAUAUAAAAAACUGGUGCUGAGGAUUCCCAACAGAGGCAUUGACUUACUAAAAAAAGAUAAAUCACGAAAAAGAUCUUAUUCUCCAGAUGGCAAAGAAUCUCCAAGUGAUAAGAAAUCCAAAACUGACGGUUCUCAGAAGGCUGAAAGUACAACCGAAGGUAAAGACCAAGAAGAAAAGUCAGGGGAAGAUGGUGAGAAAGAUACAAAGGAUGACCAGACAGAACAAGAACCUAAUAUGCUUCUUGAAUCUGAAGAUGAGCUACUUGUAGAUGAAGAAGAAGCAGUAGCUCUUCUAGAAAGCGGCAGUUCAGUGGGAGAUGAGACUGAUCUUGCUAAUUUAGGUGAUGUGGCUUCUGAUGGGAAAAAGGAGUCUUCAGAUAAAGCUGUGAAAAAAGAUUUGAGUGCUUCAUCAGCAACCAAGAAAAAACUUAAAAAGGUGGACAAGAUCGAAGAACUUGAUCAAGAAAACGAAGCAGCACUGGAAAAUGGAAUUAAAAAUGAGGAAAAUAUGGAACAUGGUGCUGAAUCUGCUGAGAAUACUGAUGAUCCCAACAAAGACGCAAGUGAAAAUGCAGAUGGCCAAAGUGAUGAAACCAAGGAGGACUAUACAAUCCCAGAUGAGUAUAGAAUUGGACCAUAUCAGCCCAAUGUUCCUGUUGGUAUAGACUAUGUGAUACCUAAAACAGGGUUUUACUGUAAGCUGUGUUCACUCUUUUAUACAAAUGAAGAAGUUGCAAAGAAUACUCAUUGCAGCAGCCUUCCUCAUUAUCAGAAAUUAAAGAAAUUUCUGAAUAAAUUGGCAGAAGAACGCAGGCAGAAGAAGGAAGCUUAAGAUAUAUAAGAAGCAUAAAGAUUUCAAAAAAAACAAUGGUUCUUUGUUUUUAAUGUUAACCUUUUUUAAAUACAAUACUGAUAGUUAGAGGAAAACUAUUGUACUCUUUUGUUUUAGUGGAUAAAUACUAGAUGUCUGUUCAUGUGCUAAGUGUUAUAGCAAAAAUAUACAGUUAAGUUCAUGAAUAGUUUUUGUUUCAUCGGAAUGGCAACAGACAGAAGUACUUUGUAGAGACUGAUUCUGUAAGCUACUAUGUAAGACAACUUGCACCACUAAGAAAAAGAUAACAGAACUGUUCAGAAAAAUGAGAUUUAUUAGAUCCAAGCUGCAACGGAAUGUCAACAACUUUUAAUUCCAUUCAAUAAAGAACAAAACCAGUUGUAUUUUUAUUACUUUCAUCUGAAACAUUCCAUGUUUUAAUCUGAGCCUUGUAGACCUUUCAUUUGGAGUUUAAAGCUGCUUUGAUGCAUUUCAUUUUUUAGAGAAUUCCAUUCAUGUGAGAUUGGCAAUUCAAAUGCAGGUGCCAUUUUCUUUUAAUGUCAUGAUGUUGUUUAGAUAGCAAGAAAUAUUAAAUAAUUGGCUUUAGAUUUUAUAAUUUUUUCCCUGAGUUCCUGCUAGGUUUCAUAUUCCAGUAGUCAGUGUACUUUCAGUGAAAUGUAAAAAAAAACUCUCUUUGACCAGUAUUAAUUUCUUGAGAUCUUACUGCUUGUCACUUGAAUCCUAUAGCUGUCAUACAUCUCUGGUAUAAGCAACAUUUUAUUUCUGAAGUGUGUGUAAACCAUCUCUUCAUGUUUUCAAGAUGUAAUUUUACAUUUUUUAAAGUUUGGCCAUAAUUCUAGACGCACGCUUCUAAUUCAUUGUACCUGCACAUGUGACCUUUGUGAACCGAAAUUUGCAUGUAUAAUCUGUGUUUACUUGUAACUCUGGUUAUAUUCUGCUUAUAUCUGUGGAUUCAAGUUACUGAAGUGAAUACCAAUAAAAAAAAAUCUAGGCCAUGUUCAUUGGUUAUACAUGUUUGGAAUGUUAACCAAUAUAUUUGUCA